AUGCUGGUACUCCGUAGUGUCAAGUGCCUCAUGGGAGUUGGUGUGCUUUCGCCCAGUUGCUGCCACGCAGCUGGCCUGGAUGGCGAGGCAGCGGCUCGAGGCAAAGGGACGCAAAGAGCGCGCCUGGACGUCCGCAACGGGGGUGGCAGCCUUGCACGGCUCGUCCUGAGCGACCAAAGUCCAUCCGUUUGCCUCGCUGUAUGGGUGCACGAGCGUGUGUUUGUGUGUGUGAGUGUAGUGUGA